CGGGACCUCCCGCCUGCGGAAACGCGGGGUGUGAAGAGGGAGCUGGGCCGGGUGUUCGUGUGGCGCUGGAGGCCGCUCAGCGAGCUUUCUCUCUGCAGUUCUUGGAGCAGAAGUAUGGCUAUUUCCACUGUAAAGACUGCAAGACCAGAUGGGAGAGUGCUUACGUGUGGUGCAUUUCUGGAAGCAACAAGGUGUACUUCAAGCAGCUCUGUCGUAAAUGCCAAAAAGGCUUCAAUCCCUAUCGAGUGGAAGCAAUCCAGUGCCAGACCUGUUCGAAGACCCGUUGUUCCUGCCCUCAGACGAAAAGACACAUUGAUCUCAAGAGACCUCACCGCCAGGAGCUCUGUGGCCGCUGCAGGGGCAAGAGGCUGUCCUGUGACAGCACCUACAGCUUCAAAUACAUCCUCUGA